AUGAGACGAACGCUGGAGGGUCUUCAAAACCCUGGUGUUCAAAUAGCCUGUGAAGAAAACCUUGUCGAUCUGGAAUAUGCAGACGACAUCGUUCUCAUGUUCGAAGAGGCGGAGAAGGCGCAAGUAUUCUUGGAUGAACUGACCAAAGUCAUCCCGUCCUUUGGUAUGCACUUUGCACCUACAAAGUAUGACGAUUCCAAGGCUUUGGAAAUUGGUUCGAUUUUGCACGAGAAACUCUUGCAUGAAACAUACCUUCUGCCGGACAAAGGGCAUUCCGUACUGAUAAUCCAACCGAACGUAAAACAUGCAGCUCUGCGUCAACGUUUUGAAGUUGGCCUUCCAAGUGGACUGCAUAGCCGAGGAACGGUUGGCCCAAGUGAGGAUGAAGCAAGAGCCUUGGUAGACUCACUAGAGGGAUGGAAAACAGUUGGGACUGUUUCCUUCGCCUUACGCGGAAUGGUUCACGGGAAUCGUAAGCACUUCUUCACUAAAGGUGUUUGGGAGGAAGUCACCAAAGCCGUCGAGUCUUAUCGUUCUGAACAACAAGAUCCUAACCAGGAACAAAAGACGGGAAUAUCCAUCACAUCUAUCCAUGCUAGUGGUAAAGAACACCCCAUAGCAACGGCUGUUUUUGUUAACUGGCCUCGACUGAGCACACUACAGGUUGUCACAAUGCGGAACGCAUGGUCCCUCCCAGUAUACGAUCGGUACACAUUGGUUGUCCAACUCUUCAUCUCAAGAGCUCGGUCUCAAGAAGCUCGGAUCCAAGCACAGUUGGCUGAACUGUCCCUGUUACGUGCCCGUCUUCCCGCUCUAUUCACCUCAUCCAGUGGUACACCCAACACCGCAUUGUACGAUGAUAUGAGUGCGCAACAGUUGGAUCGUUUAUUGAGAGAGAAGGAAGCCCAUCUGCUAGCAGAGCUUUCAGAAGUUGAGAGGCGACGUCAACUAGCGAGGCAACAGCGUCGUGCCAAACGCGUUCACGAGCUCCCUGUGGUCACUGUCGUAGGCUAUACAAAUGCAGGGAAGACCAGCCUAAUUCGUUGCUUGAGUGGGAGUACCAAGGCUUGUUCAUCACCCCAAGUGUUUGCCACUUUGGAUGUCACGCACCACCGGGCUCGGCUACCUACUACGUCGGGGAUCCAAAAUACUCUGCCCGAAGCUAGUCAAGAUGCCUUCAAUAAAAAUGGGACGAGUCUUCCUGGCAUUCGUUUCCUGUUGUUAGACACUAUUGGAUUUAUGGCCGAUUUACCUACUAACCUAAUUACUGCCUUCCGUGCGACCCUGGAGGAAUGUCUGGAUACGGAUCUUAUCCUUCAUGUCAUUGACGUUAGUGAAGAGGACUGGGAGAGGCGGGCUGCUCAUGUGGAUAACGUAUUGUCACAUUCAGGUGUUCCUCGCCGGAAUAUUGAAGGCACCGUUUGCCCAGCAUCCGAUUCGGAUUUAGCUAUACAACGCAAUCAACGUAUGAUGUCCAACCCCCCAGUCCUCAUUCGCAUUGGAAAUAAGAUAGAUCUUGGCUUACGCUAUGUGAACGAGAAGAACAGACAAAAAUUGGACGUGCUGGUUUCCGCUAACCAAUGGACUGGCCUCGAUGAGCUUACUAGUCUUAUAAAAGAUCAGUUGAUUGAACAUUUGGGUUGGUUUCAGCGGACAAUCACUAUGUCCCAAGGCAGUCCAGCGUUGCAAUGGAUAUACUCCAACGCAAUGGUAACCAAUGUGAUGGCCGAUCCAGUUGACCCACAACGGUUACAAGUAUGUGCAAUAUUUACCCCAACAGUCUGGCAAAAGCUACAACACCUUUAUCCUCUCCGAAAACAUCAAAAACCUCAUUUGACUGACUAGUGAUUACUGUACACAGUUGUCAUGUAUAU